CGAUUUGUAUUAAUUUCGUGCCUUUUGCUUUCUCUGGCUCUCUUUGAGUCUUCCGUACUUGGAAGAGUCGUAACGAAAUUGCCAAUGGCGUCCAUAGUUUACUUCAAGCGCGUCUAUAGAUAGUCCGUCAUCCUUUUCUUACAUUAUAUAUCGACACUAUUCACGGAGACACUGCUUUCAUCGCCCGAAUGAUCUUUUCAGACAAAUAUACAAGUGAAGUGUUUAUUAAAGCCCCUUGUGAUGGUAUAAAACCUCAAAAUGUUCACAACAAACGCGGUACAAGCCGGCUCAGUGCCGACUCUGCAAUAUCAAGAGCACCCACAGAAAUCCCAGGGAAAAAGCAUUGAAAAUGCCCAACAGAAGGCUCAACAAUCACAACCACAGCAGGAGUUCCCAACAUUUUGUUAUACAACAAACGUGAAUAUGAUUGGAAAAUUAGGAACUGGUACUACUGGGGGUACCGGAGGAGUUAACAUAGCACAAUUGACAACAAGCGAUGACAAAACAUGUUAUAUAGCACAACCCUUCUCAUACAACUAUGCAUUGGUCAACCAAAUGCAAUUAGCACCAAAUGGAAUUCAGAAUACCAUAUCAAAUAUUAGUUUUAAAUGUGAUGUUUGUGGUUUGAUGUUCGGCCACCUCACUCUAUUAAAUGCUCAUAAGAGGAUACAUACUCAAGAUGCAGAUAACAAUAUAACAGUGGUGGCAACGGGCGUCAGUUCUGGCAACGAUGUGGCCAUGCCACCACACAUCCAGAUACUGUCCACGGACCCCAAUGAUCCACAACAACAUCAAAUGCAGAUACAAGACACUAAGCCUGUAAUCAUUGACAAGACACAGUCAAAAUGCAUUACAUGUGGUGGGCAGUUAUCCAAUAAUCCAAAAAGGAAAGGACCAAAACUAAUAAGAUGCGAAACUUGUAUAGCACAAGAUAGUGUUGACCAGAGAAAUAAUCAAAUGAAUGCAACUCAGAUCUUCGUGUCGGCGGAGAACAACGUGAAAUUCGAGGUGGGCGGUGUGAGCGGCGUGCAGGCGGCGACCGACCCGCUCGCCACCGCGCCGCCCGCGCCGCCGCCGCAGCAGCAGAAAACAGUGGCUGCUGGUCAUCAUCCUGUGAAAAAGAGAAACUUGGCAUCCGUUACUAAAUGUCAAAACUGCAACGGAUCCGGCAUAGUGUUCAUCGGAGGAAAUAAAAACAAAAAUAACGCAACAAAUGCCGAAAAGCCUUUCCACUGCAAUAUUUGCGGAGGAUCUUUUUCACGAUACUCGUCGUUGUGGUCUCACAAGAAGUUACAUUCUGGUGAAAAGAACUUUAAGUGUGGUGUGUGCGGCAUUGCGUUUGCGAAAGCUGUUUACCUUAAAAACCAUUCGAGAAUACACACUGGAGAAAAACCUUACAGAUGUCAAACUUGCGGUAUGCAGUUCUCACAGUCACCGCAUCUGAAAAAUCACGAAAGGACUCAUUCGGGCGAAAAGCCUUAUGUCUGUGAGGUGUGUGACAAGGGCUUCGCGAGACACGCCACUUUAUGGAAUCACCGCCGGAUCCACACGGGCGAGAAACCUUAUAAAUGUGAAACGUGCGGUUCAGCGUUCAGCCAAGCCGCGCAUCUGAAGAACCACGCCAAAGUGCAUUCCGGAGAGAAGCCCUUCAAGUGCGACAUCUGCACCGCCGCCUUUGCAGACCGGUUUGCGCUCAAGCGGCACAGAGGCAUACACGACAAGUAUGGCCAGACUGCGCCUCUGCCUUCAAGAAUACAGCAAGAUGAACACGAGCACCAAGCACAGCAGCAACAGAGCAGUGACCAGCAAAACUCACAGCCAGAUGUCGAACAUAGAGGUCAACAAACAACACUAUGAGUUUAGGAACCAUUAGUGUCCAUUCAGACAGAACACAACACAACAGCAAACGUGUCGCCAGCCAGUGGACUGAAUGUAAUGUGAAUGGCUGCCUGUACUUUUGCAACCAUAAUAUACCCAGAUUAGUAUGGUGUCGCAAUGUGGGUGAUGUGGCAUAUUGGUUCACUAUUUCUAAACUCAAAUGAUAGGUCUAAAUACACUGCUGUCCUUCAUAAUUCAAUUCAAUUUUGUUUAAUGGCGCGACGCCGCACCAGACACGCAAUUUACUUCGUCAAUGACGUGUGGAAUUGAAGAGUAUGUGUACACAUAAAUGGUUGGUGAUAGUAGGGAAUUUAGGCUAUCUUUAAUUGGGAUAAUUUAUAUAAGUGGCAGGUUUUCUCAGAGUAUACUGUUUUAUUUUAAUAAUGCUCCCUGCAGAAAAGGACAGCAGUCAAUUUAGUAUUUUAUACAAUUUAGUGCUCGGCGAUAUUUUUGCUGCUGGUGUGUAAGGAUAUUUAUUUUUCGGGGGCCCAAUUUGAAUUGGGCCUUAUUCAGAAGAAGCGAUUUUGCGAUCUAAAUACUGUGUUCCAAUAAAAGCGCAAUUAACCCCUGAUUAAUAUAGAUUCGUUAUAAUUUAAAUAACGGAUGUACAUAUCACGAUUAAAGCGCCGGCCACACAGGCCGCGUAUGCGUCGCGUAAGUGUAGACGUAGCGCGUACCAUUGAGUUGUAAUGUAUGGCACUGUACGAGACAUGUCACACCGCUUGCGUGGCGUGAACGUUCGCGUAGACGUAAUGCGUGCUGUUAUACGCGCGUGUCACGUGUAUGUGCUUGGUGUGAAUCGGCUUUAAUACGAUGAUUUUGAAUUAUCAACGUUUCGACCCAGUUGCUCGUUAUUUAAGUUAUUAAACCACGGAAAUAAGUGUCUGUCUAUCUGCUAGCUUUUCA